AUGCCUAGAUAUAAUAAUAAUAGGAAGUAUAAACGUGGCAGAUUUAGCGCGGAGGAGGAUGCAAAAUUGAGGGAAUAUGUUGAAAAAUAUGGUGCCAAAAACUGGAAAAGAGUCUCGUAUCAUGUCGGCACGCGAGAUGCAAAACAAUGCAGGGAGAG